GAUGUAGUAAAGCAGAAUAUAUUAGAGGUCACUCAGCCAGUACAUUCCUUUUGCUUCAUUGGCUUCUGACUUACUUGGAUGGACAAAUGCACCCCAAAAUGAAAGUGCUGCUGAGGAUCUUAAAUGGAGAACAAGACCUCUUGAAACCCACUCCUCGGAUCUCAGAGAUUGAAAGAAGCAGGUGCUGAAACUUAGUUUUUCCUCUGAACAAGAAAAAUGGUCUGUGAUAGAAACUGUGGGCUCAUCACUGGUGCUGUCAUUGGUGCAGUCUUGGCUGUGCUUGGAGGUAUUCUGAUACCAGUUGGAGACAUGCUUAUUGAGAAGAAAGUUAAAAAGGAAGUUGUCCUUGAAGAAGGUACAAUUGCUUUUAAAAAUUGGGUUGAAACAGGCACAGAAGUUUACAGACAGUUUUGGAUCUUUGAUGUGCAGAAUCCAGAGGAAGUAGCAGUUAAUAGCAGCAAAAUUAAAGUUAAGCAAAGAGGUCCUUAUACAUACAGAGUUCGUUAUCUAGCCAAGAAAAAUAUAGUCCAGGACCCUAAGACCCACACAGUCUCUUUCCUACAGCCCAAAGGUGCCAUCUUUGAACCUUCACUGUCAGUUGGAACAGAAAAUGAUACUUUCACUGUUCUCAAUCUGGCUGUAGCAGCCGCACCCCAUCUCUAUCCAAAUGCAUUUAUUCAACUGAUACUCAAUGUAUUUAUAAAAAGGUCAAAGUCAUCUAUGUUUCAAAAGAGAACUUUGAAAGAACUACUGUGGGGCUAUACAGACCCAUUCUUGAAUUUGAUUCCAUACUCCACUCCUACCACAGUUGGUAUGUUUUAUCCUCACCACAAUACUUCAGAUGGAGUUUAUAAAGUUUUCAGUGGAAAGAACGAUGCAAGCAAAGUUGCCAUAAUUGACUCAUAUAAAGGCAAAAAGAAUCUCCCUUAUUGGCCAAGCUAUUGUGGCAUGAUUAAUGGUACAGAUGGAGCCUCAUUUCCACCUUUCAUUGAGAAGACCCGGGUAUUGCAGUUCUUUGUAUCUGAAAUUUGCAGAUCCUUCUAUGCUGUAUUUGGAGCUGAAGUUAACCUGAAAGGAAUUCCUGUGUAUAGAUUUAUUCUUCCAUCCAUGACUUUUGCAUCUCCACUUCAAAAUCCAGAAAAUCGCUGUUUCUGCACAGAAAAAAUUAUCUCCAAAAAUUGUACAUUAUAUGGUGUGUUAGACAUUAGCAAAUGCAAAGAAGGAAAACCCGUGUACAUUUCACUCCCUCACUUUCUACAUGCAAGUCCUGAAAUUGCAGAAACAAUUGAAGGCUUAAAUCCAAAUCAAGAAGAACAUAGCACUUACUUAGAUGUUGAACCUAUAACUGGAUUCACUUUACGAUUUGCACAACGGCUACAGAUCAACUUACUGGUCAAGCCAGCAAGAAUAAUUGAGGCAUUAAAAAAUCUGAAGCAGAACUAUAUAGUACCUGUUCUUUGGCUUAAUGAGACUGGUACAAUUAAUGAUGAGAAGGCAGAAAUGUUCAGAAAACAAGUGACUGAAAAAAUAAACCUCCUUGGCCUAGUAGAAAUGAUUUUACUGAGUGUUGGUGUGGUGAUGUUUAUUGCUUUUAUGAUUUCAUACUGCACAUGCAGAUCAAAGAAAGUAAAUUAGGAAGCAGAUGAGUCUUUACGUUUAUGCCCCAGCUACAUCAGGACCUUUCUUAAUAUCCACCUACAAAAUGAAGAUGCAAUAUGCUUUAUUUUUGCAAAAUAUACCUUAUCAUAUAGUUGAAGAACAGGUGUCACUUUUUUUCUCUCACUGAGCAGUGGUACAUUUUUAAAGGAUUAUUAAGAUUAAAACUAAAAUUCAUAAUUUGAAAAAGGGCACCUUUUAAAAUUCAAUUAUGUACACAGUCAAAUUGAUUUCAGUUUCCACAGAACUCACUUGAGCAUGAUUAUAUUUAUUUGGUACUACUUCACAAAAUGGUUCUCUGGUGGAAAAUCUGGCAGAGGGGAGGAGGUUCUAAACAAAUCCUGAAACCUGAACUCUUUCCUUCCCCAUCAAUGGGAAAACAUCACUACCCUUAUGAGUGUUCCUGAAACUCACAGACCCCAGGACUUUCAGUACAUUGCAUUUCAUGAGCAUCAAUUAUUUUGAAAGACAUUUAAGAAUGGAAAAUAAAUGAUUGACCUAUAUACCA